AUGGAGCUUGGCGCCUGCUACUUUGGCUUCUGCUCUUUGCAACAUGGGAGGCAGGGAGCGGCCAGCUCCAACUCUGUCCCAGAAGAGGCCAAACACGGCACCUUUGUGGGCCGCAUCGCGCAGGACCUAGGACUGGAGUUGGCAGAGCUGGUGCCCCGCCUGUUCAGGGUGGCGUCCAAGGACCGCGGGGAUCUUCUGGAGGUAAAUCUGCAGAAUGGCAUUUUGUUUGUGAAUUCUCGAAUCGACCGGGAGGAGCUGUGCGGGCGGAGCGCGGAGUGCAGCAUCCACCUGGAGGUGAUCGUGGACAGGCCGCUGCAGGUUUUCCACGUGGAGGUGGAGGUGAGGGACAUUAAUGACAACCCACCCAUGUUCUCCGUAGCGGAACAAAAGAUCUUGGUACCUGAAUCUAGACUGCUUGAUUCUCGAUUUCCACUAGAAGGCGCCUCUGAUGCAGACGUUGGAGAGAACGCUAUGCUUACUUACAAACUCAAUUCAAAUGAGUUUUUUAACCUCGAUAUUGUAAACAAAAGAGGCAAAGGCAAUUUCCCAGUGCUUGUUCUUCGAAAACUGAUAGAUCGAGAAGAAAAUCCUCAGCUAAAGUUGCUACUGACAGCAACCGAUGGAGGCAAACCUGAGUUUACAGGUUCGGUUUCACUGUUGAUUCAGGUCUUGGAUGCUAAUGAUAAUGCUCCUGUGUUUGACAGAUCAGUUUAUGAAGUUAAGAUGUAUGAGAAUCAAGAGAAUCAAACCUUAGUAAUAUGGUUGAAUGCUACUGACUCAGAUGAAGGAGUAAACAAAGAAGUGGAGUAUUCAUUUAGUUCUUUGACCUCGUCUAUUAUAAGAAAGAAAUUUCUAAUAAACGAAAAGACUGGAGAGAUAAAAGUAAAUGACAUUAUUGACUUUGAGGAGAGUAACAGUUAUGAAAUUCAUGUGGAUGCUACAGAUAAAGGAUAUCCACCUAUGGUUGCUCACUGCACCGUACUUGUAGAAAUCUUGGAUGAAAACGAUAACACACCUGAGAUAGUCCUAACUUCGUUGUCUCUCCCGGUGAAAGAAGAUGCUCUUUUGGGCUCAGUAAUCGCCCUGAUCAGCGUGUCAGACAAAGACUCUGGUGUCAAUGGGCAGGUGACCUGCUCCUUGACUAAUCACGUCCCCUUCAAGCUGGUGUCCACCUUCAAGAAUUACUAUUCCCUCGUGCUGGACAGCUCUCUGGACCGAGAGACCACUACUGACUAUAAGGUGGUGGUGACAGCUCGGGACGGGGGCUCGCCUUCACUGUGGGCCACGGCCAGCGUGUCUGUGGAGGUGGCUGACGUGAACGACAAUGCUCCUGCAUUCGCGCAGCCCGAAUACACGGUGUUUGUGAAGGAGAACAACCCGCCUGGCGCGCACAUCUUCACAGUGUCUGCUGUGGACGCAGACACGCAGGAGAAUGCGCUGGUGUCCUACUCGCUGGUGGAUCGGAGGGUGGGCGAGCGCUUGCUGUCGAGCUAUGUGUCUGUGCACGCGGAGAAUGGCAAAGUGUUCGCCCUGCAGCCUCUGGACCAUGAGGAGCUGGAGCUGCUGCAUUUUCAGGUGAGCGCUCGGGAUGCUGGUGUGCCUGCCCUGGGCAGCAAUGUGACUCUGCAAGUGUUUGUACUGGAUGAGAACGACAAUCCGCCCACACUGCUGGGGCAUCAGUCAGGUGGUCCUGCUGGUGAAUUUAGCCAGCUUGUGUCGCGAUCAGUGGGUGCAGGACACGUGGUGUCAAAGGUGCGCGCAGUGGAUGCGGACUCCGGUUACAAUGCAUGGUUGUCUUAUGAGCUACACCCAGCUGUGGGCACGCGCAGCCCUUUCCGUGUGGGUCUCUACACGGGUGAGAUCAGCAUGACAAGAGCCCUAGAUGAAUCCGAUUUAUCGCGCCAGCGCCUAUUGGUGUUGGUGAAGGACCAUGGCGAACCUAUGUUGGUCGCGACUGCCACCGUUCUGGUGUCCCUAGUGGAGAACGGACAGGUGCCAAAAGCUUCUUCCCAGGAGUUGCCCAACUUCCCCCGCAGAGAGGCGUCGCUGGUGGAUGUCAAUGUGUACCUGAUCAUUGCUAUCUGCGCGGUGUCAAGCCUAUUGGUGCUCACGCUGUUGCUCUACACAGCCCUGCGCUGCUCAGCUGUGCCCGUGCAGGAUGGGUGCGGGCUUGGGAAGCCCACCCUGGUGUGCUCUAGCGAGGUAGGGACCUGGUCAUACUCACAGCAGAGGCAGAAGCGAGUAUACUCUGGAGAGGGUCCGCCCAAGACCGACCUCAUGGCUUUUAGCCCCAGUCUUACACCUUGCCCAGUGGCCGAAGUGGGAAUGGAAAAUCAUUCUGCUGCAGGAGACGUGUCUGGGAAGAAAUAUGAACUAGUUAGAAGCCUUCAAAGAAAAGCACAAACGAAGGAAGUCAUUCUGGCGCCUGAUAAGCAAGAGAGCAGAGCGCAAUUGCACUUACACUUUGAGCCACAGGAUGCCGUUGUUCUCCAACAAGAGCGCCAGGAGAAGAAAAUCGGAUCCUCUGCAGACCGGAAAGAAGCUGGUGCCUAG